GGAUGUAAGCAGCGCAGUUCCAUUUCUGCACAGGAACUCCUCUGACAGACUUUGUGUGUUGUAUUGCAGGCUUUUAGUCGUUAUGUGCUGAUUUAAUAGAUACCAAAAACACUUCUCGAAAGACAAGAAUAGCAAAGCUACAAAUGGGUGAAACGUUCAGCUCUAAUUUACCGGUCAGACGGACUGGUUCAUUUCCUAAAUCGGGUUGGGAUUCAACUGGACCUGACGUACCUAUUCCUCUGGACAUCCUUGAAGAAAUCUUCCUAAAUCUGCCUGCCCAACAGGUAGUCUGUGUGUGCCGGUUAGUUUGCCAUCAGUGGAAAGAUGUGGCAGAUAACGAGUCUUUCUGGAGAGAAAGGUGUAGAAGAGAGGGCUACCACCUCCGUAAUCCUUCCAAAGUACCAAGGGACUGGAGGUUGUUUUACUUCAUGAACAAGAACAGGAGAAAUCUAAUAACAAAUCCAAGAGGAGAAGCUGGACUGGAUGGUUGGAAUAUAAUAAAGAAUGGUGGUGAUGGAUGGAGAGUAGAAAAACCGAUGGCACCGCACCCAAAUGCAGAAAUACAAACCAACUUUGUGACUUCUUUCAGUAUGUGUACAAAGUCACAGCUAAUUGAUUUAAAGAAGGAAGGUUACAGCCAGGCUUUCAUGGAUGAAUUCCAGCCCCAUAUCAGGGUAUCUGACUGGUAUGCACCGCGCUGUAACUGUGAAUACAACAUAUCUGUGAAGCUGCUGAGAAGCAACAGGAAAGUUAUUCAAGAAUUCACUCCUGGUACUCUUUACCUACCUGAGAGCGAGAAUCACAGGUGGCAACAGAUGAUCCAUGUGUUUAAGGACUAUGGACCAGGAGUGAGAUAUAUCUAUUUUGAACAUGGCGGUAGAGAUCAGGUGUUCUGGGCUGGAUGGUACGGCAUCCGCUUAACAGAAACAUGUAUUGAAUUAUGCCCGGCAUGUGACACAUAGCUUUAUGAAGCCUUAUUAAAAAGUGAAAAAGUUUGUGAAAUAAAGAUUAUAAUCCUUUUUUUGAUCAUCAUGCCAAAAUUCAUUUGUCUGUAACAGAGAUUACAGGGCACUAAGAGAUGAGGUAUUCUAAGUAGAAGCAUGUGUCGUAAAUAUAAAGACUGCAAAUUACAUAGUGCCUGGAUAUAUAUGUACUGAUUUUAAGAAAUGCUUUUUGUAUACAACUGUUUUCAAAAUCUUGAUUUUUAGUUUGUCUAAAACAUUCAUGUAUCUAUAACUGAGUCUGCAUAUAUAUAUAUAUAUUAUAUAAUAGUUUGUUUUUUGGAAAUUGGAAAGAAACCAAAUCUGCUUGUUCUUUGAACUACAAUUCUUAAUUUAUCCCCCCCCCACACACACACACACAUAUUACACAAUGUAACAUCAAAUCACAGAAUGUUUAAUUUGAAGAUUUUGUCAUAAUACUGGUUUAUUGUUGUGCCUUUUAUCGCAAACAAGAUACAGUACAACGUUUUCAAGUUGAAUACAAUUAAAGACAUUUUUUCAGGUUAAUUUGACUUCGGCUUCAUCUCAGCUUCUUAAAAUCUCAUGAGUAAUGAACAAUUUCAUUCAGUAAAUAAGUUAUUAAUAUAUUUACAAGUCACUUCACCUUACGAAUUAGGAAUGAAAAAGUAAACCCCCAUCAUUGAUUGGUUCAGUCUUUGAACUAUAAGCUGUUGCUGAUGAGACGCAGGUAUGUUAAAGUUACCCAGCAACUGAACAGCUUUUUAAACUUCAUCUUGUAAAGAGAUCAUUCAUGUCGUUACGAUGGACAUUUUCUAACUUUGAAAUAUAUGCUGGGAAAAAUUUCCUGUGGCAAUAAAUAAAAAAAAUGUCUAGAGUGUGAACUGCUAAAAUGUAUUUUAAGCCUCGCAAGUCAAGCAUUUAUAAGGCUCGGUCUGGGGAAAAUUAGGACAAGGGUGGAAAUAUCCUGCAUUGCAUGUCAUAGAUCAUCCUAAAGGCCAUGCUGAAAUGACUGAAAGACAUUUUAAAUGUAAAGAAACACAGGGAUUAUUAUUGCUUUAUGUAAAAAGCUGGUGAUAGAAUGUUGAAGUCUUAACAAUUUAAGUCAUUUUCAAUGAAAUGCAAAACAAUUCCAACACUAUAACAAUAACUAUGUGCAGGAAACUUUUAGUUAUUCCGAAAUCCUUCCAUAAAAUUAACACUGAAGUUAAAUCGAGACGUUUCUCCAGUUUGUGGUUUGUUUAACCAGGCAGGAGUUCGUGAAGUUUCCAACCAUCAGUGACAUCAAAAUUUCUUGCACAGCAUAAUAGGAUAAUCAA